AUGCGGUUCACCGAUCGGGCCUCGCUCCUCUCGUCGGUUCUCCUUGCAAUUCCUUCUUUCACAUCAGCCUUUUACCUCCCUGGUGUCGCCCCAACGUCCUACGAUGAAGGUCAAUCAGUUCCGCUCUACGUCAACCACUUGACACCCGGUCUCUCGCGCGACGACCAGCUCCAUUCCGUUUUCUCCUACGACUACUACCACCCAGCAUUUCAAUUCUGUCGUCCGGCAGAUGGCCCCAAGGAUGUAAGGGAAUCAUUGGGGAGCAUUCUGUUUGGUGACCGGAUUCGCACCUCCCCAUUCGAGCUUCACAUGGCAAAGAACGAGACCUGCAAAUCCAUCUGUGCAGAGGCCAAAUUCGACGCCCGCAGCGCUAAAUUUACCAAUCGACGAAUUUCCCAAGGUUACAACAUCAACUGGCUUGUGGAUGGACUGCCGGCUGCGCAGUGGAAUUACGACGGUGUUACCAAGACCAAGUUCUACAACCCUGGUUUCUCCCUUGGUGAUCUCGACGACAAUGGACAAGCUCUGCUUAACAAUCAUUAUGACAUCGUGAUUGACUACCACAAGGUGGGCUUUGGUGGGAAGGAUAAAUAUCGCGUUGUUGGAGUGCUUGUCCAGCCUGAAUCUCGCAAGAACUCUCGGAACUUGGACGACGGAACCGCUGAGUGCGGAACUCAGGGUGACGUUCUCGCGCUGAGUGAGGAUGGCGAGACAACUGUUACCUGGACAUACAGUGUUUACUGGAAGGAAUCUCCAACUGCUUGGGCUACCCGGUGGGAUAAAUACCUCCAUGUCUAUGACCCCAAGAUCCAUUGGUUCUCUCUCAUCAACUCGGCCGUCUUUGUGGUGUUCCUUGUGGGCAUGGUCAGCAUGAUUCUUAUCCGCACACUCAAGAAGGACAUCGCUCGUUACAAUCGGCUGGAUUCGUUCAACCUUGAGGAUUUGGAUGGUACCUCGGCUGCGAUCGAGGACGGCGUCCAGGAGGAUUCCGGCUGGAAGUUGGUCCAUGGCGACGUCUUCCGGUGCCCCAAGUCUCCGCUACUCCUCAGUGUGAUGCUGGGUAACGGCGCUCAAUUGUUUAUGAUGACUGGUGUCACUGUCGCAUUCGCCCUACUUGGCCUCCUUUCUCCCUCCAACCGUGGUUUCCUGGCCACCGCUAUCCUCCUCAUUUCCGCCCUCUUCGGUUGCAUUGGCGGCUACGUGUCGGCACGAGCAUACAAGUCGUUUGGCGGCGAAGCAUGGAGGCGCAACAUUAUCAUGACGCCUCUCUUCACGCCAGGAAUUAUCUUCGGUAGUUUCUUCAUUCUCAAUCUGUUCGUCUGGGCCAAGGGCUCCAGCGGUGCUGUGCCAUUCGGAACCAUGCUUGCGCUCGUCAUGAUCUGGUUCGUAAUCAGCGUGCCAUUGAGUGUGGCAGGCAGCUGGCUAGGAUUCAAGCAAUCGCCCAUCGAAGGCCCGACAAAGACAAACCAGAUCCCCCGUCAGGUCCCGCCAAUGGCUGGCAGCCUGCGCACGAUUCCAUCGAUUCUGCUGACCGGAAUCCUGCCCUUCGGUGCGAUCUUUGUCGAGCUAUACUUUAUCAUGACCUCCCUCUGGACUAACAAGAUCUACUACAUGUUUGGAUUCUUGUUCCUCUGUUACGGUCUAAUGAUCAUCACCUCAGCGGCCACGACCGUUCUGCUGGUAUACUUCCUGCUAUGCGCAGAGAACUACCGGUGGCACUGGCGUGCCUUCGCGGGCGCUGGUAUGACCGGAGGCUACGUCUUCGUGAAUGCGCUCAUUUUCUGGGCCACGCGGGUGAGCUUUGGUGGAUUGACUGGGGCAGUGCUCUAUGUGGGUUAUUCGGCGCUGAUCGCCUUCGUCGUGUUCAUCUUGACUGGUUCCAUCGGAUUCUUCGCCAGUUGGGCAUUUAUUCAUCGCAUCUAUGGCUCCAUCAAGGUGGAUUAA